AGUUGGCAGUCGGCUACCACGUGUGUUAAGUGAUGUCUCGCUGUGUGUGUUCUUUACGUUGUGUUAAGGUGUAGCGAAUGUUUAGAUUUUGAUUCGGUUUAAAAUGCCAGUCCGGCCUGAAAAUGAUACCGCAACAGAGGUCUCUAUACCUCUGUUGGUUAAGACUGGAAACUUGUUGCCAGCUAAGACUGAAGAUGCCAAUCAGAAAUCCUCAACUAAUAAUGUUAAGAGAAACAAAAGUGUAGUCUUACUAGAACACAAAAAGAAUGAACCAAAAAUGGACAAAUGGAAACUGGUACCACCUGAUGGCGGAUGGGGUUGGUUGGUACUGUUCGGAGCGACCAUGGUUAACAUAUUGGUGCCAGGAACUAUUAAAUCGUUUGGGGUCCUGUUCGUGGAGUUUCUCGAAGCGUUCGAUUCUACUCCUGCAGAAGGGAUGUGGAUUCCAGCACUAUGUUACUUUUUGUAUAGUUCAUUAGGUCCUGUUUCCAGUAUACUUUCUGUAAAAUAUUCGUACAGGACAGUGACGAUAUUAGGCGGGAUUAGUGCAGCAGGUGGUAUGAUACUAAGCUUUUGGGCAAAUUCUGUUUACUUUCUGUACGUUAGUUAUGGAGUUCUUGUAGGGAUAGGGGCAGGACUGUCAUUCCCACCAACGGUUUACAUAGUGUGCAGCUAUUUUUUUAGAUUAAGAGGGGUAGCCAACGGCAUUUGCAUAUCUGGUUCCGCAUUUGGAUCUAUCAUCAUUCCGCCAUUACUUCGGGUGCUUCUAGUGACUUAUGGAUAUAGAGGCGCUGUAUUAAUAAUGGGCGGAUUGACGCUUAACGUUUUUGUGGCAUCUCUUUUCUAUGACAAGGUUGAGCUGCAUAUGAAGAAAGAAAAAAUAGAACCUCCACAAGAAAAAGAAGACAGGCCCAAAUUUAGUAUCAGUCACGAUGAUAGUCUAACGUCUCUACAUAACAUUCCACACAACGACUCAUUCUUAGAGCACAUAGAAAACUCAACAGGCAAUUUUAAUCGUAGCGCUUCCAGCGUAGCUAUGCAAAACUUGAAAUCUUUGCAAAGGGAGCGAAAAAUUAGUAUGCCUCAGGGUCGCCAAGAAAUAUUAAAGGCAAGAGCUAGGGAUAGUAUUCACAGCAAUUCAACACUUCAUGCUGUACCAGAGAAAGGGAAUGGAAAUCCAGCGAUGGAUAUAUAUUCUCAAAGUCGUCUUCCUAGCAGUAGGCGCAGGUCAAUCGCUCCACGAAGAAGUACUUCGACCAGUUCGUUUCAGUAUGUUAGCACUCCAUACCACGGUAGUACGCUAACUCUACAACCAGAAAUAUUUGCUAGUUCAUUCAGUUUGCGUUCUACUAAAUCCAAGAAUGCAACGGUUGCAGAAGAACAACCAAAAAGACCCAAAUUGCUGGACUUAUCACUGUUAAAAGAUCCUAUUUAUUUGGUUAUUCUUAUUUCUAAUGCCACCAAUGCUAUAAGUUAUACCAAUUUUAUCAUAUUAUUGCCUUCUUACGCCCAGACUUUAGGCUUCGAUAAAGACCAGGGAGCAAUGUUGUUAUCAAUCGUAUCUGCCCUUGACCUAGUAGGUAGAAUAGGAGGAUCAGCUCUAUCAGACUUAACAUCAUUUCCUAAAUGUUUUUAUUUCGUGGGAGGACUUCUUAUUUCUGGCAUUUCCCUAGGAAUAAUGCCGUUAUUUUUAAAUUAUUGGGCUAUUGCAGCAUUUUCUGCACUUUUUGGACUAGCUUCGGGUACAUAUGUGGGUAUAACCGCAAUCGUAAUGGCUGACAUGCUGGGAGAAGAACGACUGCAAUCUACUUACGGCAUGGGCCUAUUUGUUAACGGUAUUUUGCAAUUAAUUGGACCUCCUUUAUGUGGUCUCUGGUAUUCUCGUGUACAAUCAUAUGUAUCUCUUUUCAUUUGUCUUGGAAUAGCCCUUUCCAUAGGAGCUAGUCUUUGGAGCAUCGUUCCUUGCAUUAACCGAAAGAAAGAGGAAAGUAAUGAAAAGCCAGACGAUUUGACUUCAUAAAGUGAUUUUUAAGUUUUUAAAUAGUAUUUUUAGGUAUCAAUACUUUGACUAUAGAUUUAAACCAAAUCUUUAAAACAUAAACUUACAAGAUGUGACAUCAAAAUUCUCAUCAAUUCUUCACUGACGUGACAUUUUCUCUUAAGGUAGCAUUCUGCAAAAAGUGACCGCGACAGUAGACCGAGACAAGCGACAUACGCGAAACGUGAAUCUAUGACUUCAGUAUAUCAGAUGUAGAAAAAGACGGAUAAUGGCUUCGAAAUUAUUACGUGGUUUGAAUUAAAUGGAGGAUUUGAAACGAUGCGCAAGGAAAGAUUUUAUAUUUUUCAGGGCAAUAAAAUCUCUGUAGGAUUCUACUUGAGUAUCAAAUAGUGGUGUAUUCUUAGCCACUAACUAGAUUAGCAAUUCGUCUUCCUCACAAGUAAAUGUUAUUUCGGACAUUAUUCCGUUUUCGGAAUUAUUUUUAACUAUGUACAAAUCAGUGCUGUCACACAGCGACCGACAGCACUGCUGCUUUUGAAAGAGACUGACGAGACACAGUUAGGCGACAGUUGUUUGUGGCUUAUCUCCCCCCGUCUCGGACUGCAGAACGACCUUGAUAUAAUUGCAUUGAGAGCAGACAUGGAGAUAUUACAAUUAUCGUUUUCACCUACCUGUUGCCUAUCUCGGUUGCUUGUUGCAGAAUGCUACCUUUACAUAUUUCAGCUUUGAUAUUUCGGAUCCAUUUGUAUCUUCACUGUUUUCUAAAUAUACUCGUAAUAUCAAGAGGUUUGUCUCUAGUAUGUUGACACUGGUUAAAUUUACUCCCAUGUGUAUUUACUCCCAAUAUUUUCAGAUUUUGCGUAAAUUAUGGACAUAUUAUAUUUAACAGACAUCAAAAAUUGAUAUUCUUUUAGUUAGUUUAUUUUCUAUUCAUGUAAUUUCAAACAUUUUGUCAAAAUCUUGUCUUUUUUAAAUGUUUUGAAAAAAUGUUGAAAUACUCAACUAAUAUCAAUUUUUGAUAUGUAGUGCCUAAUGCAAAAUUUCAUAAUUUUACGCUGAAUGUACUCACAAUAAUAUUAAUUUGUUCUAUUAAAGAUAUCAAAGUUGAUUAGCCAUAAUUAUGCAGAAAUUCUAUCUCAGAUUAAAAAUCAUAUUUUCAAAAAUAACGUCCAAUUCUAUUUUUUGUCUCAUGUUUUUGUUUUAUUGGGGCAUUAUCGACGUCGUGUAGAGUUGGCUAAAUUACUAUGAUUUAUUUAAUUAUGUGUUAUUAAUUCUUAUUAAUAUUACUUUGUAUUCUAUUUCAAAUCUUUCCUUAAGUUUCCAUUUAGGUUAGUUUUUAUAACUUUUUGGUGUGUUUCCUUUCCUUUUCUUUCUUUUUAGCUGUUUUAUAUUUAUGCAUUUUACAAUGAACACAAGGUAUGAUACAUAAUGUUCCAAGAUCAGUUCGCUUCGCGCAUUAUAGGAAAGACUUUUAAUUUUAAGUUUUUUUAUAUAAUUUGAGCAAUUCAAUUACAGUAAUUAUAAAGAGACGAUAAAAUUGUGUUAUUAUAAUAUUUAAUCAUAAAAAAUAUUUUGCAGUUAAUUUAAUUUUACUGAUUUUUGGUAGUUAUUUUGGUAACAUAGAUAUUCUUUAACACCAGAUCUUUUAUCACACAUAGAUACAGGUUGAUCAACUUAAGCUAACUGGCCAUCGAGUAUGAGUGUAGUGAGGUCACACAACAUUGCACAAUGUUUUAAAUGACAACUUUUAUAAUUUUCACACAUAAAAUUAUCUUGGUGUUAUUUAAUAAUAAUAAAUAAUAUGUAAGCACUACGAGCCUAGUGGAACAUGGCUUAAUGUACUAUUCUUUGCCACUCCCUUUUCUUUCUCGUUACGUUACGUUAAGUCUUCUCAUAUCUUUCUUUAACGUCGUUGCUCUAUCUUGACCUCGCUCUUCCUCUUUGCCUGCCAAUGCACUAGGUAGUAACAUUCUGGGAAUUUUAGAUAGAAUCAUUCUCUGCACAUAGCCCAACCAUCUAAGUCUUUGAACCUUAAUUACGGCUAAUAUGUUGGGUUCUUGAUAGAGCUCCGUUAGCUCGAUAUUUGUUCUUAUCCAUUUAAGUUUUUCCCCACCAGAUUUUGCUCUUCCAAACUAAUAAAAGCUCUUGGUGUUUUUUUGUUGUGACCCAUUUUCCAGAAGAAUACGUCAUUAUUGGCUAUAUUAUGCCCUUGUAUGUCCUUAGUUUUACUCUUCGAUACAUAUUUUUGCUUCUUAACAACCCAUUGAGAGCAUAUACAGCGCGGUUGCCAGAAAAUUCUUUUCUUUAUGUCUUCUUUAGAGUUAGGUUCUCUUGUAAAGACACUUCCAAGUACUCAUAUCUUUCAACUUCUUCAAAUUUAUAUUGUUACUAUUGCUGUAAUCAUUGUUAUGUACUGCUCUUGGACGAAUUGCUUAUUUGUGCAUUCCAUAUACUUCGUUUUUGCUUCAUUUAUAUACAUUCCCUUGCUUGUUACCCUCUCUUUCAGAUUCAUGAGCAGUUUUCAGUUUUUUGUGGUAGAUCAGACCUGUUCUAUUGUUUGCUUCCUGUAUAAUAUUUUCUAAUAUUAUGCUAAACAUUUUAGAUUAUAAUGGACCUCAAAGCUUUCUGUUAUAAUAUUGUUUAUUUUGACUUUAUUCGGUGUCCUUGGAGAGUUAAUGGUGUUUUAACUAGGAAAAAAGUGAGAAACUUAAAAAGUAGACAUAGAUAGAUUUAUUCUUGUAAAUUUCUACAUUAUUAUAUUCGUCAGACAUAAAAAUUACAAUAUAACCACAUAAGAGUAAAUACAAAAACAUAGGGAAAUUGUCAUUCAUCAUUCAACUCACAAUUCUUCGCAUGUACAGAUGAUUACAUGAGACAGAUACUCAUCAAUAGAAUAGAAACUGUAGUAAAUCAAGAAUUCUUUAACACUAUGUUUAAAAGGCUUUACAAUUUAGACUAUGCUUAAAAGACAGAUAACUGUUUAUAUCAUAUGGGUAUAGAAUAGAAUAAAAUAGAAAUAUACUUUAUUGUCACAGAAAAUGUUGUAAAUUUCUGGUAAUCUUCAGUUUUAAAAUGGAGUACUCAAGAACAAAUUCUUGCAGUAUUACAAUUAAAAUUAUCCUUUCUACAACGAGAUAUUAUCUACAGUUUUCUGGUCAGACUAUCUUUAGCAAAUGUAUGAAACCUAAAGAUUUUAGCUUUAUUGUCACUAUUGCAACAAGCAACUGUACAGCGCAUUUUGAAAAAGAUACACAACCAGAUAGGUACACAAUGGCAAAUAAAAACUAGAUACUGAAGAGUACAUGUUCGUAAAUCAGUCUCUAUACAAAAAUAUGUGCAGGAAACACCAACGAAAAAAUGUAAACAAUUUAUAUAUUCAUAUUUGAUUCCGUACAUCAAAGCACUAAAAAAAAGUUGAACUACAAGUUUUACAAAAAAACUACUAAAAAAUAUAUAAACUAGAUAGCAACUAAACACCGCAUGUACUACACUACACACAGACACUAUUAUGCUUUUACUGAAGAAAAAAACGCGAUAAAUUGCUACAAUGUCAAAAAAUUCGUUAACUAUUAUUAUCUACUAAUAAUGGGUCCGAGGAUUCUUGUCUACGUCACACGCCUGGCUCAGCUGUCAAAUGUCAUGCGCAAUAUCAUACCUUGUGUUCAUUGUACCAUGAUAUUUAUGUAUUGCAGUUGUUCUCAUAGUCUAUGAGCCAGAGGUUGAGUAUAAACUUUUAUGUCCCCGCGGUACCUUGACGUUUUUUAUGUUUUUUUAUGCUUAGAUUCGAGUUUUAGAGAUAUCAGGCUGAAAACUCGUCAGAUUUGUUAUUAAUAAUUUAGUUGUUUAAAUAAUUGUAUUUAAGUAUUAGAGAUAUUAAAUUUUAAAAAACAUGAAAAUUGUUUCUUUUGAAAAAAUGGCGUUUGGUAAACUUUGAUCAGAUUGUUCGGAUUAUCAUGAGUUAUAACAAAUUUCGUGAAGAACAAUUGCAAAAUAGGCAUUCAAUGGGGCUUUUCAGAGUAUCACUCAGCUUUCAUACGUUUGAUUAACUUUCAAAACUACCUCAAUUUAAUUGGUAAUUAUUUCUGUAUGACCUCUAUAAGUUAAUUGUUUCUAUUAAAAAAAAACUUUACAAAAUUACAUUAUUUUUAUUAAUAAAAAAGUUAUAACAAUUAAACAUAAAAAAAUUCACUAUAAAGUUGAAAAUAUUAAUUUGUUUAUAAGAGAUUUAAACAAAAUUAAGCUAUACACUUAAAACAUUUGGAUAAUGGAAGUUAUGGAACAACUCAAAAUGAACAUGUUAAGCUUUGAUAAAUGUCUUUAUGUUAAUAUUUGACUAAGAUAUGGAAGAUACAUACGUAAAAUCCAUGUAGAUUUAAAGAUGCAUAUUAUUUUAUUAAUAUAACUAAAAAAGUUAAAAAGUUAUAGCAGUUUAUAGUUAAAAUUGUCGUUAAAAAGUGGUGAAUUAUUUUGUUUAAAAUUUUUAUGAGUUUUAAACAAAAUUGAGCCGUAUGUUGGCAGUUUGGUUAAUACAAGUUAUAAAACAAUUAAAAACGAACAUUUUAAGUUUUGAUAAAUGUUUCUAUGUUAAUUUUUUGCCGAGAUAUUGAAAAUUGAUUUACGCGCGCUCGCAUUCGCUGUGAGCUGCCCAUAGAAACCAAAUUAACAUAGAAACAUUAACCAAAGCAUUAAAACAUCGAUUGCGUAUUUUGUAAUUGUUGUUCUAAUAAUCAGAUCAAAGUUUACCAAACACCAUUUUGUUUAUUUUUUCAAAAGGAAUCAUUUUCAUUUUGGUAAAAUUGAAUAUCUGUAAUAGUUUAGGAGAUACAAUUAUUUAAACAAUUAAAUUGUUAGUACCAAAUUAUCUGACAAAUUUUCAGCCUAGUACUCUCGAAAAAUCGUAUCUACGCACCAAAAAUUAUAAAAUACGACAGGGUACCGAGAGUACAUAAAGUCCCCAUAAACCCCCCUAGUCCCUAAACUGUACUUUUUGAUUUUAGUCUUAACGAUAUCUUGUGAUGGUUUUAAAUUACUGUGUUCUGUAAGAAUUUUUCUAUAAAAUUUAGAUCCAAAUAUCACAUAUUAUUGCCUUUUCUGAUAUCCUAUUUUUCAGUUUCGUGGUCUUUAGACUGAUUAACUAUGUUUACCAGGCUGAGAAUAUAUGUAUGUUGAAACAAUAAAAAAAUAUAUUAUUGACAGUUAUUGACACGACAUUUACAGAUAUAUGUCUAUUCUUGUAUGAGAUUUUUAGCUUAAGUUUUAAUUUUAAUUGACUCUCUAAUUUUAAUUGAUUAUUUCAUAAACUAUGUCACAAAUUAUUAUUUAAUUAUAGAAUUUAAACGAAUUUUCAGAACAUUUCCAAUUAAUUAUGUAAGUUUGGUAUAUUAUAUAGUACGUCUAGAAAAUAUGUAAAACAAUUUAUUUUUUCCUAUCUGCCGUUUCCUAAAUCCCGUUCUAGAUCAUGUUUUUUGUAGGAAAAUAUCUGCUUUUUCUUCUUCUAUCUAUCAUCCUCUUCAUCAGUCGGAUACCCACAUUUAAACUUAGUAUUAGGAAAUAGUUAUGACUCGUAAUGAAAAUAUUUAAAAAAAUCUUUUCUUAACUUACCAAUAUUAAUAAUCCUCCAUUAUCAUAAAACCUAUUGCCAAUUUUCUGAAGCGCAAGUGCCUGUCACUAUUUCUGAUCCGCUUUAAACUCCAAUAAAGUGAGAUUAACUUUUAUUAAACAGUAUAUU